AUGGAAAGAAUAAUAAAUAUAACUUCACAUAUCUUUAAUAAUAAUACUAGUAUGCAAGGUCAAGAAGAAUCUAUAACACCAGCUUUACAAUCAAAUCUUGAAGACAAAACUAUAUUGUAUCAAGAGUUUGAAAAUGGUGCAAGAAAGAUUAUAAUAAAUAGAGCUAAAUCAUUAAAUAGUUUAUUGAUAGGUAGAACUAGUACUCUUUUUUUAUUGCUUAUAAUAUUAAUUGAAUUCAAAUGUUCAAUAUUAGAUAUGCUUUUUGAAUUACAUAGAUUACUUAGUUUAUAUGAGAAUGAUAGAAAUGUAAAGGUUGUUAUGAUUGUAGGUGCACCUGGUAAGGCAUUCUGUUCGGGUGGUGAUAUCAAACAAUUCAUUUCGACACCCGAUAUGGGACAUAACUUUGCAAAGAUAGAAUACAAACUAGACCAUCUCAUACAUACCUAUCCAAAGCCAUUGAUAUCAAUAGUCGAUGGUAUUGUCAUGGGUGGUGGUGUAGGUCUAUCGAUUCAUGCCGACUACAGAGUGAUGACUGAGAAAACAUUAUGGGCAAUGCCUGAAAAUAAAAUUGCUUACUUCCCAGAUGUUGGUACAAAUUACUUUACUUCAAGAAUGGGUGCCGUUGGAAUGUAUCUAUCGAUUACUGGCGCUAGAAUAGGAUUGAGAGAUUCGAUGGAACUAAAGAUUGGAUCGCACUUUGUUGAGAGUUGCAAUCUAGAGAGAAUGAUCGAUGAUUUGACUGGCGAUGUUGUUGAUACUCCACGUCAGGUCGAAUUCAUAUUGAAUAAGUGGCGUAAGCAAGUACCGAUUGCCGAUAACAAUCCCAAUGCCAUGAAGUCGGUCAUUCAACCGAAUAGGCAGUCGAUAGAGCGUUGUUUCGGUGCUGACGUACAGUCGGUGCAACAGAUGAUUGAGCUGAUCAGAGCAGAACACCCGAUCAAUCCAAAGUGGUCAGAGACGACGUUGCGACAAAUACUCGAUGCUUCGCCAAUCAGUGUGGCGAUCACCUUCCAAGCGAUAAGAAUGGCGCUGACCAUGGAAAUCGAUGAGAUAUUCAGGAUGGAUCUGAGACUGGGUACCAGACUGACACAUGAAGAAAACAUUAGAAUUGGAGUGCACGCCGCACUAGUCGAUAGAAACAACGCACCUAAAUGGGAUCCACCAAGCUUUGAUCAAGUCACACCCGAGAGAAUCAAUUCAUACUUUGAGAGACUCGAUGAAUCAAAAGAAUUGGAUAUCUAA